AUGGCCUUUUUGUCAACUGCCAUCCUCGCCCUUGUGGUCCUCAUUACCUCCGUCUUCUUCCUUCCACAGCUAGCGGGGACGCUCCUCGGUCUAGUAUUUCGCAGCGCGGGAUGGCUGAUCCGCCAACGGACGCGCUCUCGUCGGGACUAUGUGAUUGCGCGGGCGCGAUCUGACGAGGAGGAAUACCGUGCGCCCAAACCCACGACCUCUACAAACUCCUUAGCCCGGAGUCAGGUCGAAGAUGAGGAUUGGGAGAAGGUUGAUAGCUCUGGUGGGGCAAAGACUUCCUCUAGCAGUGAUAGCGGAAAUGGUUCAAAGAACGAGGGAGCCAGCUCUGACGAAUGGGACGGCAUUAUUGGAUUCUUCCACCCCUUUUGUAACGCCGGCGGAGGUGGAGAACGUGUACUUUGGGAAGCAGUUCGCGCAACGCAGAAGCGCUGGCCGAAGGCUGUUUGCGUGAUCUACACCGGAGACCAUGAAGCCAACAAGGCCACAAUGCUUGAGCGGGUGGAGAACAGAUUCAACAUUCAGUUGCACGCCCCGACAGUCGUCCUACUUUACCUGACGACACGCAAAUACGUGGUCAGUAGCUCAUACCCGUAUAUGACGCUGCUAGGGCAAUCAUUGGGAUCCUUAGUGGUCGCCUACGAUGCUUUCACGCUUCUAGUCCCCGAUGUCUUUGUCGAUACUAUGGGAUACGCAUUCACACUAGCGUUAUGCAAGUGGCUUUUCCCCACAAUCCCGACUGGCGCGUAUGUCCAUUACCCAACCAUUUCGACCGACAUGCUCGCCUCCCUCGAUGACCAAACCGGCGUGCAAGGCAUUAACUCCGGCGCCGGAAAGGGGCUCAAGGGAGCAGUCAAGCGCCGUUACUGGCAGCUCUUCGCCCAGCUCUACGGCUGGGUCGGCCGCCAUGUAGACGUGGUCAUGUGCAACUCCUCCUGGACAGCAGCGCACAUCCGUUCGCUCUGGGGCACGGGCAAGACCAUCGUAAACACCGAUGAGGGAACCCCCGCAUCACCGGCCGUCGUUUUCCCACCAACCGCAGUCACCGAGCUCCAAUCAAGCAUCACGGUCGACGCUGAGAGUGAGAGAACCCGCCAGCCCGUCCUGCUGUAUAUCGCGCAGUUCCGACCAGAAAAGAACCACCCGCUCGUUCUGCGGUCAUUCGCGCGCUUCCUUCAAGAACGUUCCCGGAACCCUGUUUUCGCAAAUACUCCGCCCCCACGUCUCGUGCUGAUCGGCUCAGUCCGCCACGCCAGCCCUGACGAAACACACAUCUACAACCUGCGCCUACUAGCUCACGAGUUGAAAAUCCGCGAUCAAACCACCUUCCUAGUUGAUGCCAGCUGGCCCGCUGUGCUAUCCCACCUCAGCUCGGCCUCUGUUGGCGUGAAUGGUAUGUGGAACGAACAUUUCGGGAUUUGCGUCGUCGAGUACCAGGCUGCGGGUUUGAUCUGCGUAACCCAUGACUCGGGCGGGCCCCGGGAAGACAUUGUGAUUGAUCUUGGGGACGGAGCGACGGGAUUCCGUGCCGAGACGGAGGAACAGUUUGCAGCAGCGUUUGAGGCGGCACUUGCUCUUCCCGUAGAAGAGAAGAUUGCAAUGCGGCAGCGGGCGAGACGGUCAGCAUUACGGUUUACGGAGGAAGAGUUCGCCAAGAAAUGGUUGUAUCAAGUCCAGAAGUUGGUUCAGGCAUCGCGAUAG